AUGUGUUCAAUAACGUUUCAUAUUCUGCUCAUCCUGGCUUGGAGUUCCAUAUCGACAGUGUUUACAAUGUGCCCAGAUCAAAUAGAGGGAUUAAUAAGAUGGUCAGAUCCAACAACGUGGCCUAACAAUAUGAAACCAGGACACAAUUCUGAAGUAUAUAUUGAUUCUGCUAUACUAAUGGACGAGAGUCCUCCGAAAUUACACAGUAUCGUCAUACAACCAGGAGGUCGGCUGGUCUGGAGCUGUGAAGAUGAUUAUACUAUGUAUGUAGAUUUUAUACUUAUACAUGGUAGAAUGGAUAUAGGGUCUGAAGACUGUAAAUAUACCAGGAAGGCUAAGAUUAUUUUGACAGGUAUACGAGGAGAUUAUGAACCAAUAUUUGUUGGGGAACAUGAUUUUGGUGAGAAGUUUAUUGGUGUAGCUCCUGGUGGAACUCUUGAACUUCAUGGUGAUCAGAAACUUUCUUGGACUAAACUGGUCCGAACUAUUCCUAAAUUAGAUUAUCAUAAUGGGUUGAUAUACAGCCACAUGAAUUCGGAUGUAGCUAAAGAGGACAGCUGCAAGCCAGGAUUGUUAGUGUAUAUAUUAGAUGAGCAUACCGGACAUCCUGAGUUUGGUAAAUAUUAUCAUUUAGGUGGAUCAGAUAUAUACCAAUCUACAGAGCAUUUACCAGAGCUUCUAGAUGUUUUAUAUAAUUUAGAAGAUGGUAAAAUAUUGACACUGGCUGUCAAUAAAAAUGCUGUAGAUUUGUCAAUAGCUCUUGUACCACUGUAUGAUGCUCUGGAAUAUGUUAUGUAUGGAAUGGUAAACGGUCUAUCGCAGAUCAGACAACUUGGUUCAUAUGAUGCUUAUACACUAGUCGCACAGAAAGGAGCAGUAAUGUUUAAUGAAGAUGUUUCACCUAAUCAUGGAACCUAUACUCAAUAUGCUCGAUCUGACCUCACCUUCUAUCACUAUGGUAUGAAGAUUAUCAUGGAAAGUUUUAUUGACAAUCAAGACGAGAGAAAGAGUAAAGUUGAUCUUCGAGUAGCAACUCUGUAUGGUGCAUACCCUGUACUAGAUCUUUUGGACGAUGUUUCAUCUUGGAAUGUUGGUGAUAAAAUAGUAUUAACAUCAACUGAUUUUGACUGGCAACAAACAGAAGAAGCUAUUAUUGUAGAAUGUCCACAUUGUCUUCAUAAUCAAAUCACGGUUGAAAUGGAUAGUAAAUUCAUGCACUGGGGGGAGAUAGUAGACAGAGUAGAUGAGAGAGGAGAGGUGGCUUUAUUAACUAGAAAUAUUGUUAUAGAGGGACAGAUACAGAAUCACUGUCCUCCUGAAAAUAACAACUGUGACAAGUUUAAUUAUGAUACGUUUGGUGGACAUAUCAAGUUUGUAAGAGGGUUUAGAGAUGUACAUGUAGAAGGUGUAGAAUUGUAUCAUAUGGGACAGCAAACUGGAUUAGGAACCUAUCCACUACAUUUCCACAUGGCCUAUGAAACAGGUGAUAGAGAACACCCACCAUAUCUCAAAGACAAUAGUGUACAUAAAUCAUACGCUAGAUGUUAUACUAUACAUGGUACACAUGGCAUCACGCUGAAAAGAAAUGUAGGAUAUGAUUCAUUGGGUCAUUGUUAUUUUCUGGAAGAUGGGGGUGAGAUGAGAACGGUGUUAGAUGGUAAUAUUGGAUUCUCAACUAGGAAAGCUGGACUCAUUCCUUCAGAUAGUAAACCCUCAACGUUUUGGAUCACAAAUCCUCUAACAUAUUUACGGAAUAAUGUAGCUGCAGGAUCAGAGUAUGUAGGUAUAUGGCAUAUCUUCCCUGACGAACCAGUUGGUUUAACAGUCGGUCUCCCCGGGUUCAUGGAGCGAUACGAGGCCAAACAUACAGCCUAUAAUGAAUGGAGAAAUAAUGUGGCUCAUUCAAAUCCUUUUGCCGGUUUGUACAUUGAUGAGAUAGUGAAUCCCGAUGAUACAGUUGGUGGUGAGAAUGGUUACUCACCACGAGAAGAUCCUUUUGAUCCGAGCUCUCGUACUGUUACUGUCGAUAUCAUAAAGCCAACAUUAUAUAAGAAUAGAUAUCAGAAUGCGUGGAUAAGAGGAGGUGGUUUUAAUGUCGUUCAGGGAUCGUUUGCAGAUAGUGCCAAUGGUAUCACAUUUGCUAGGUCUACAGAUCAAGUACAGUAUAUACGUGAUUCUGUCAUUAUUGGUGAAACAAGGAAUAUAGGAGAACCCACUAGCUACUGGGAGGAGGAUCAAGUUGUUACCUUACAUAGAGCCUUCCCCAUGCCUGAACAUGUGGGUCAGACAAUUCGAGGUAUCAGAUUUUACGACAGUUCAGUGUAUGUUUAUGAUGUCUGGUUUUCGGAAUUCCAAUCAGAUGAUUAUAGAGAUGCUGGAGCUAUCAGUUUUAUGAAUGAUAAACCUAUCAACUAUUCUACAUACAGUACGGUGGACAAUAUCCAGUUUGCCUUCGCUGACGGUGAAUCCAGUGGUAACAGGAUAUUCGAUUCCAGAUGGACUGGAAAGGAACAUGGUGCCGAUAUCUCAUUCCAUGAUAUCGACGGUAGUGUAUCAGGAAUCAGUGGUGCUGAAAUCUUCAGAAUAGGUGCUUCCAAUCUUAACCAUUUGUGUCAUUGGCGGGAAAACUGGAAUGUGGCCGUCUGUCCACCUGAUGAGAAGUCUCGGCCAGGUUCUCUAUCAGCUACCUCUUUCUGGCCACCAGCGGUAACUACCUUCUCUUUCUUAUCUUUAUAUGAUAAUGCCGGAAUUUGCGAUUUUACAAACAGAUUAGACAAAGAAAAUAGUAAUCCAUAUUGUACAAUGUGCAAUACCCAUACAAUUUUUGCUGUUUUGGUAUGGGGAGCUGGACUAACUAUAUCUGAAUAUAGAUUAAGCACCGACGGUGGUUUCAGUGAAUGGACAGCAUGGGGAAGUUGUUACGAGGACAAAGAUCUCGGUUUUGUGCAGUGGAGAUAUCGAGCCUGUACCGAACCCAUACCGGAAUAUUACGGUGUAUGGUGUUAUGGACCUACUAGUGAAAGUCGAUCUUGUGUGGCCUAUUGA